GUUUUAAACAGGUAUUAACAGAAUCUUCUUCUUUAUGCUAUAAUAUUAUACCAUCAUUUAUCUAAAAUAUGAUUUACGUCAUCCAGUCAUGCCGUAAACCGUCAUCGUCGCGAAUUUCCUCGGUGAUAAUUAAACAAACAGGAAAAACGAAAAAAUAUCAUGUCAGCAGUUUCAGAAAUUAUCCGUUGUUCAAAUUUUGCAGCCAUUAAACAUAAAGAUCAAAGAAGAAAAGAUAAAGAAGGCACACCAUACAUUAAUCAUCCAAUAGGUGUGGCGAAUAUUCUAACACAAGAAGCAGGUAUAACAGAUGUAGCAGUUAUUCAGGUACAGUGCAAUAUCAGUAACAAGGCAGCCCUACUCCAUGACACAGUGGAAGAUACUAACACCACAUUUGAAGAAAUUUUGGACAAUUUUGGGGAAGAGGUCACAGGUCUUGUUAGAGAAGUAACUGAUGACAAAAAUCUUCCCAAGCUUGAACGGAAGCAGCAACAGAUAGACCAUGCUCCGCACACGAGCUACAAAGCUAAGCUGGUCAAGCUGGCGGACAAGCUGUACAAUCUGCGAGAUCUCAAUCGAUGCACACCUUGUGGAUGGCAAGAAAGCCGGGUAAAAGAGUAUUUCCAGUGGGCCAAAAAAGUUGUCGAUGGACUAAAGGGAACGAAUCAGGCCAUGGAAAACAGUUUGGAUGAAUUGUUUAAAGAAAGGGAUAUUAUGUAAUGUUGUUUAAACAUGUUGUAUUUUGCAUAUUUUAUACACAUACCAUUGAUUAUAUUUUUUAAAAAAACAUUUUUGAAUAAUAUAGAACACUGAACUUCUAUAUGAAAAUUAGUCAAAGUUGUUUUUUUUUAAUUUGUUGAAAAUGUCCACUCCCGGAAGAGAGCUGUCAAAAUAGUGUUAUAUUAAAUAUUGUGUAUAGUACAACUGUUUUUUGAAUAAGGAAUAUCUAUUUUUUUUAACAUAUACACAUACU